UCUACGAGAUCGGCGACCACAUGAUCUACUUCCACCAGCUCGUCAACGGCCUCAUCACCGUCUUCAUCGUCUCCAGCACCCUCCUCAUCGUCGUCAUGGCGGCCGAGCGCUACAUCGCCGUCUGCCACCCGCUGCGGGCAAGGAACCUCAUCUCACUGCGCCGGACUCGAACCAGCAUCACUUUGGUCUUCGUCGUCUGCGCCAUCGCCACCAUCCCCAUCUUCUUUGAACAGGGUAUUGAGGAGAUGUUGUGCGACGAUGGACGAACAGUGUUGCAUUUGGUUGACCGUCAGUGGAUGAAGAAGCGACGAAUAAUCUGGGCAAUUCUGUUCGAUUUCAUCCCGUGCGUCGCCCUGGUGUAUUUUAACCUCUGCCUUAUUAUCCAGAUCCGGAGGGCGAAGAAACUCCGGGACGAGAUGACGCCGAAACAUUCUAUCAUCAGAUACAAUUCCCAAGGGUUGAAGAGUACCUCCCUGCGAACCAACCCGCCGCAUUUAACAACCUUUAACAAAAAAACCAACGGGUUGUACGUUAAAAGAUCGCGUGUUAAAAGACAACCAACGGAGCCUUCGUAUAUUUUGGAGACCCCGGAUAGCCAAUGCCCGGAAAACGGGGUCGAGGUUAAAAAAUAUUCAAAACUCAACGCACUAGGUCGCGGGGAUAACCUUAAACUAACCGAACCCCCUUCUCGUAGCUUAUGCAGCGAGAGCACGGACAACGAGUUUCAAGCGCUCAACGACGUCCCGAAAACCGCACCCCGGCAAGGACAGACCGGAAACGCGGUCAAGCUCCGGAACAUCGAGACGAACGUGGGCCGGAAGCGACCCUCGGACAGCGCGCUCAACAGCGUGACGGCGACGCUGGUGGCGGUGGUGCUGCUGUUCCUGAUCCUCGUGUCGCCCAGCGAGCUGCUCAAGUUCUCCAUGGAGUACACCAACGCCAGCCACGCCCAGAUGGGGGUCGUCAAAGCCGUCACCAACUUUAUGCAAGUCCUGAACUUCUCACUCAACUUUGUGCUGUACUGCGCCGUUAACAAGACCUUCAGGCACACGCUUCACGGGCUCAUCUGCUGCUGCUGGCUCAGUGUCCGUGGAUAGAUGCUGGAUAUUAGGGCUCAUUGUCCAUG